CGGUGUGAGAGGAUGUCUACAAACCCUCGACACCUUGAGGAGUCUCCAAAUAAUCUGGCACUGUUUAUGCCAUACCUGCAUUGGGAGACUGACAGAUCACGCUACAAAUUGGAAGAAUCCAUGCGCCGCAUAACGGAAUGGCAUAGAACUAAAGAAGAGCUGAAAACGAGGGAAUUCAAAAGAUUUGAGGAAAUUGAGUUUCUGGACCCGGAGAGGCCAUUGCUUCGCCUCAGCACCGCCACUGAGACGGUACAAGCCAGACUCCACCACGAGUUGAGAAUUCAUCCGAUGUCUAAGGUUUCAAGGACAGGCGUUGCGCGAGAAUUAACGGGGAGAAUUUUGGUGCCCGCAACAUUGCUUGGGAGGGUUCUUUAUCGAGCCGCGAAGCUCUGGGAAGCUAUGAACUAUUACAAAGAAGAACAUGUUCUAAAGGAGUUUCUUCAUAAUUCUCCUCCUUUACAUCCGCGCCGUACGCUCGACCAAUCUUAUUACUGGACGCUUCGAUCGACGCAAAAGAAAGCUCGAGAUCAGGUAGUUUACCGAGGCACCGCACCCAAGAAGCAAUUCAUGCAUAAAAUGCACUGUAAGACUUUCACAAAGGAACCGCCGUGUAGACAGUGCUUGGACGAUAUUCGGAAAAGAUCCAGGGUAAUUAUGGUUGACCAACUGUGGCUCUGGAUUCUAGAUGGAAACACUAUCAUCACAAGUUUUCCGAAACGCUAUGGCCGGGAUAAUGAAGACACAUCGGACGUCCACAAGUGCAUCCGUUUACGUCUGAAGGUUGCUCGACAAAACGAGAUCAGGUCAAUCUAUGACUUAGCUCUGAUUAUAAUAGACGAAUGCUCUAAAGGGAUGUUCGACCAUGCUAAAACAGGAGGCCAGCAACCUCAGAUGAUGACUCUGUUUGCGGACGCUAUAAGCAACGUGAAAGAUAGGACUGCACUCUACUACGAAAACUUCUGGGACAUUACAAGUCGACUGUCCAUGGCGUAUAAAGAUCAGAUACCCAUGGUUGACGCGGCAAAGGACGCCAGAUCUCUACUCGAUAUCAAUCCGGAGGGAUAUUUAUCCACAACGAUCAAAAAUGUUGUGGAUGAACUGAAUAUUAUCCUUGACAUCAAAAGCAAUCAGCAAAAGGCACUGAAAGAUUUUCAGAAACAUGUCGAUUACAUCUUGGCUCCUUAUAUGACCAUCGCGAGAGAUAUUGGGAUUGAUAAGCAGCGGGGUGAUGAGAGGAGGGUUUCAACAGAUUCUGAAGAGAGAACGAAAAUGGAUACUCAGAUCUCCAGAGCAGCCGAGAAAGAUGCAAAGUGGACGAUGGAAUCUUCAAUUCGUGUUUCAGCAGAUCUCGAAAACAGAAUCAUUGAUCUCAGUCACCUUAAAGAAUCCGCCGAAAAUAUCGAGAAAGCAGUCGACGGACUACUUGGAUUGAAGCAGCAACAGGCCGGAGUUGUCCAGGCUCGCGAAGCUGUGAGGCAAGCAGAAGAAACGUUAAGACAAGGCCGAUCUAUCAUGUUGUUUACAGUCAUUACGAUAAUAUUCCUUCCAUUGACAUUCGGCACGGGCAUAUUCGGAAUGAAUUUGGAAACAUUCGGUUCAACCUGGACUCUACGCAAAGAAAUCACUUACAUCACCUUCGUGUCGGCAAUCGUAAUUGCCACUUCAAUUGUUCUCGCAUUCAGCUCUUUCGUUCGAUCACUCCUAUCAUUGGUGUUCGGCGUUGUAUGGAUGUGGUUUGUGACAACUACGCGCAUCUACGACCUUUGGUACUCGUUCAGACAGGACAGUGGCUUUCUAGCCAGAAAACAAUUGGAUAUUACGAGAAAAUGGAAAGAAGUGGCAAGGGAAAGGUAUUUCCUGAGACAGGCACGAAAGCGGGAGAGACAGGAAGAAAAGCUAAAGAAACUCGAGGCGAAGCUAUUGAAGAAGGAAAAGGAGUACCUGCAAGGAGGCCGCGGACGCCAAGCAGCCCAAGCACGUGACUCAACUUUAACAGUUCUGGCGGUAUAAAGUGCCUUCCUCCACUGUAGCUAGGCAAUCAAUCUACGCAUCUCGAUCUCAACACGUACCGACAAGCAAUUGUUCUUUUUCC